CUCCCGGCUCCGUAGUAAGCAUGGCGGCAGCGGCGUUUGUGGUUCCUCGGGUGAAACAGAAAGCGGGAGCUACGCGGAGAGGGAGCGGGGAGCGGGGCUGAGGCGGCGCCGUCACUGCCGGGAAACCAGCCCCGGGUCGGCAGCCGCGGAGGCCCCAGAGCUGGCUCUGCGGCUGAGUAAACAGAGAACGAUCUCGGGAACCCGAAGAAGAGGCGCCAGGGGAGCCGCCUCCCCCUGCCUCGGAGUGGCGUGCCUCGGAGAGUUGAAGGGUUAUCCGGUAUAUAAAUGUCUUAUUGAUAAUGGCAGAACAUCCACCACUACUGGAUACAACUCAGAUUUUAAGUAGUGAUAUUUCUCUUCUAUCUGCCCCUAUUGUAAGUGCAGAUGGAACACAACAGGUUAUUCUGGUACAAGUUAACCCAGGGGAAGCAUUUACAAUAAGAAGAGAAGAUGGACAGUUUCAGUGCAUUACAGGUCCUGCUCAGGUUCCAAUGAUGUCUCCAAAUGGUUCUGUGCCUCCUAUUUAUGUGCCUCCUGGAUAUGCCCCACAGGUUAUUGAAGACAAUGGUGUUCGAAGAGUUGUUGUGGUUCCACAGGCACCAGAGUUUCACCCUGGUGGUCACACAGUGAUACAUCGUUCUCCACAUCCUCCUUUGCCUGGUUUCAUUCCUGUCCCAACCAUGAUGCCACCUCCACCACACCAUAUGUACCCACCAGUGACUGGUGCUGGAGAUAUGGCAACACAAUAUAUGCCACAGUAUCCCUCUUCACAAGUAUAUGGAGAUGUAGAUGCUCACCCUAUACAUGGAAGAUCUAACUUUAGAGAUGAAAGAUCUAGUAAAACAUAUGAACGUUUGCAGAAAAAAUUAAAGGAUCGUCAAUUAACACAAAAAGAUAAAAUAAGCAGUCCACCGUCAUCACCCCAGAAAUGCCCUUCUCCUACAAUUGAACAUAAUGACGGAUUUAUAAAAGGGCAGAAUGCUGGUGGUUUAAACACCGGGUCAACAAAGAGCAAAUCAGGGAGAGGGAAAAGCACCACACAAGUUGAUAUGGAAAUAGAAGAAAAAGAUGCUGAAACUAAAGCAGUUGAAGCACUUCUUUCUAAUAUUGCCAAACCAGUGGCCUCUGAUAUCCAGGCAAGAACAGUAGUACUGACCUGGUCACCUCCUUCUGGUGUCAUUAAUGGUGAAACAGAAGAAGCUACUACUGCUCCAGAGCUCUAUGGUUAUGAAAUUCUGGUUUCAAGCACUGGAAAAGAUGGGAAAUACAGGAGUGUCUAUGUUGGAGAAGAAACAAAUGUCACUGUAAAUGAUCUGAAGCCAGCUACAGAUUACUAUGCAAAAGUCCAGGCAGAAUAUAAUUGUAUAAAGGGAACUCCUUCAGAAGCUGAAAGCUUUACCACUUUGAGCUGUGAACCUGAUGUACCUAAUCCUCCACGGAUAGCCAAUCGGACCAAAACUUCACUCACUUUGCAGUGGAAGGCACCUAGUGACAAUGGCUCUAAAAUCCAAAGCUUUAUUUUAGAAUGGGAUGAAGGAAAAGGAAGUGGAGAAUUUUGUCAUUGUUACAUGGGUUUACAGAAGCAAUUUAAGAUUACUAAACUGUCACCAGCAAUGGGUUAUAAAUUUAGACUGUCAGCCAAAAAUGACUAUGGUACAAGUGAUUUUAGUGAAGAAGUCUUAUAUCACACCUCCGGUUGUGCCCCUUCUAUGCCAGCAAGUCCUGUUUUAGCUAAAGCUGGGGUUACAUGGUUAUCCUUACAAUGGAGUAAACCCUCAGGAACACCAUCAGAUGAAGGAAUUUCUUAUAUUUUGGAGAUGGAGGAAGAAACUUCAGGAUAUGGUUUUAAGCCUAAAUAUGAUGGAGAAGAUCUUGCUUAUACGGUAAAGAAUCUCAGGCGUAGCACCAAGUAUAAAUUCAAGAUUAUUGCUUACAACACAGAAGGUAAAAGUAAUCCAAGCGAAGUAGUAGAAUUUACUACAUGCCCUGAUAAACCGGGAGUUCCUGUAAAACCUUCAGUUAAAGGAAAGAUACAUUCACACAGUUUUAAAAUAACUUGGGACCCACCCAAAGACAGUGGAGGGGCAGCCAUCAGUAAAUACGUAGUGGAGAUGGCGGAAGGCCCUAGUGGAAACAAAUGGGAUAUGAUAUACAGUGGUGCUACGAGGGAGCAUCUUUGUGAUCGACUGAAUCCAGGCUGUUUUUAUCGUUUACGAGUUUACUGCAUCAGUGAUGGAGGACAGAGUGCGGUAUCUGAAUCUUUACUUGUGCAGACUCCAGCUAUGCCUCCUGGCCCAUGCCUCCCUCCCAGAUUACAGGGAAGACCCAAAGCAAAAGAAAUACAGUUACGAUGGGGACCCCCUCAAGUUGAUGGUGGAUCAUCUAUUUCUUGUUAUGGUGUGGAAAUGUCUCCUGUAGAAAAAGAUGAACCCCGAGAAGUUUACCAAGGGUCUGAAGUAGAAUGUACAGUGAGCAACCUUCUGCCUGGAAAGACCUACAGCUUCAGACUGCGGGCAGCUAACAAAAUGGGGUUUGGACCAUUUUCAGAAAAAUGUGAUAUCACCACAGCCCCUGGUCCUCCAGAUCAGUGUAAGCCCCCUCAAGUGACAUGCAGAUCUGCUACAUGUGCACAAGUGAAUUGGGAGGUCCCAUUGAGUAAUGGAACUGAUGUCACUGAAUAUCGACUGGAGUGGGGAGGAGUUGAAGGAACUAUGCAAAUAUGUUACUGUGGACCAGGCCUCAGUUAUGAAUUAAAAGGACUGUCACCAGCAACCACCUAUUACUGCAGGGUCCAGGCUCUGAGUGUUGUCGGUGCAGGCCCUUUCAGUGAGGUCGUAGCUUGUGCAACUCCACCGUCAGUUCCUGCCAUUGUGACUUGUCUUCAAGGAAUAAGUGAUGAUGAUGAUGAUGAUGAUGAUGAUGAUAUAGAAAAUUCCCACUACUCACCUUCUACAUGCCUUGCAAUAAGCUGGGAGAAGCCUUGUGACCAUGGUUCAGAAAUCCUUGCCUAUAGCAUAGACUUUGGAGAUAAACAGCCUUUGACAGUGGGGAAGGUUACAAGCUAUAUUAUAAACAAUUUGCAGCCAGAUACCACCUACAGAAUACGAAUUCAAGCCUUGAAUAGCCUUGGAGCUGGCCCUUUCAGCCACAUGAUAAAAUUAAAAACCAAGCCCCUCCCUCCCGAUCCACCGCGUCUGGAAUGUGUUGCCUUUAGUCACCAGAACCUUAAACUGAAGUGGGGAGAAGGAACCCCAAAGACCUUGUCUACAGAUUCUGUUCAGUACCACCUUCAGAUGGAGGAUAAGAACGGAAGGUUUAUAUCCUUGUACAGAGGACCAUGUCAUACAUACAAAGUACAAAGACUCAAUGAGUCAACAUCCUAUAAAUUCUGUAUUCAAGCUUGUAAUGAAGCUGGGGUAGGUCCCCUCUCCCAAGAAUAUAUUUUUACUACUCCAAAAUCUGUCCCAGCUGCCUUGAAAGCACCCAAAAUAGAGAAAAUAAAUGAUCAUGUUUGUGAAAUUACAUGGGAAUAUUUACAGCCAAUGAAAGGUGAUCCAGUUAUUUACAGUCUUCAAGUUAUUGUGGGAAAGGAUUCUGAAUUCAAACAGAUUUACAAAGGUCCUGACACUUCCUUCCGGUACUCAAGCCUUCAGCUGAACUGUGAGUACCGUUUCCGUGUGUGUGCCAUUCGCCAGUGCCAAGACCCCGCAGGGCACCAGGACCUGGUCGGACCCUUCAGCACCACAGUGCUCUUCAUAUCCCAGCGGACUGAGCCGCCGGCCAGCACCAGCAGAGACACGGCGGACAGCGGGCGGCCUCGCCGGGCCCUCAGCGACGAACAGUGUGCGGCCAUCAUCCUCGUCCUCUUCGCCGUCUUUUCCAUCCUCAUUGCCUUUAUCAUCCAGUACUUUGUAAUCACGUGAAAAUACAACUUUAUUUUUUACUGCUUUAUUACAUUUUAUUUUGUCAUGUACUAAAAUGAUUUCUAUAUUGCUUUUACAAAAACAGUGGCAUUUAGCACUGGCAUUGAGACUACAGCACGUCGUUCUUGCCAUUUACAGUGCUUAUACUAUUAGGCAAAGGCUGGCACUUGAUUAGAAUGCAAGCCACAGAAAUAACAAAUUUAGGGUUUUAGCUCAGUUGGGACUUUUUUCCUCCCUACUUUUUUUUAUUAAGACGUGCUUCUUGUAGAAUAACCUUUCUAAGAGGCAACAAUGUAUCAUUACUAUUUUGACCAAUCAGCAUAUGAGUGUAACCGUGAUGAACCUGAUCUAUUACCAAGUAAAAUUUUCAGAAUAAAGUUACACUAACAUGCUGUACCAAAAAAAAUGUUAACGUCCAAUGCUGUGAAUGCAAUCUAGUGCUAUAUUUCUACCUCCUCAUUUGUCUUAAUUAUUUGGUAAGUGGGAGUAUGCUGAAUGGGCUUUAGCAAAUAAGAAAACUUGAUUGAAAAAAAUAUGCAUAAAAAAGAAGCUUCUUGUUUGGUAAUGUGGAGUUCUUCACUUAUAUGUUCAUAAAUUCAUAGGUAAAUCAUUUCAAGAGCAAAGACAAGUCCACUUGGCCUAAAAAUAUUUUAAUGUUUACUAUUACAGAACCUCUUCAGGUCUUGAAAACAUGAGAAAAGAAGCGAGGGCUUUUUUAUAGGCAAUUAAUUUUUUAAAGUAGAAAGUUAAAGUCAUUUUCAAAUUUCAAACCUCUAAUUUGGCUUCUGUUUGUGGGACUUGGGGCUAUACAUACGUGUCUGCGAGCAUAAUGUGUCCGCGUAGAGCAGUUCUCCGUGCCACUAGGCACUCUGUUGUCAAGUAUGAGCUAACUGAAGAACUCCCACAACUUUUGCUGUCCCAUAACUACUGCCAUCACCAUCAGAAUUCAUAAUCAAACCUAGCCUUUUUGUUUGGGUCACCAAAUCCGAAGACAAAAUUAAUUUGCACCAGUAAAUUUCAGGCUGCUUUCUAUCUUGAAAAACUAAUGUUUAAUGUCAUGUCUGUUCCAAAUUGUUGAUUGCAUGUGUUAACGUUGCAUUUGAGCACUUUGCAGCUGCAUCAAUCAUUACCGUUUCGUGAGCUUGUAUUUGUGAGGUACUGGAUGAUCAGAUUGCAUCUUGUCAAGUACCACAUUGUACAUCUAGCCCAGAUGUCAGCAACUGCCAGGAAUAUACAGUUUGUAAUGAACUAUCUAAAAUUCUUGUUUUAUCACACCUGUUAUCUGUAAAACAUUGUAACUAGCUUUUUAAUUUAUUAUUUGAAUUUUAGAGUAGAGAAUCACUAAUCUUUAGUUGCUGAGGUUAGCAUUUUAGUGAUUACUAAGCACUUCUGUCAGUUUGAGAAAAUGAACUGUAUGUUUUGUGCUUUGAAGAUCUCUGAAGAAUUUAUCUUGUAUUAGAAUGGGCAUGUAUUGUAAUUGUUUUCCGUCAAAUGAGCUGUGCCGUUGAAAAAACAUUAACCUUUGUUCAAAAAAGACACGGAUAAACAUGAACUUUCCAAGUGGUAAGAACGGUCUGUCACUAUAAUAUACUAUACGUUUACAUUUUAUUUAAACCUAAUCUUGUAUGUAUAGGCCAUUAUCUUCCCCUUAAACAAGUGUGAUUGUGAUUGUUUUUUAGAAAUUCCUUCAGAGUGCCACAUUUGGCACACAAAUGAGCUUGAGUGUCAGCGCCCAGAGAUUUCUAUAGAGCUGAAUGUCUAAAUGGUCAAUGUGCCACUGUGGCAAGUUUACAGUGGCCUAUGUUUUUCAUAGUAAACUCAAAUGAACACCUAUUUUUGAUAGUAAAUGUCAUUUAAUAGUGUAUUUGCCAUUUGAGCCUCACUGCAAAAUCAGUGAAGAGGAGUAAACAAUUUCUAUUGUAAUCUUGAUUUUACCUCAUAUACUGUACAUUCCAAAAACUCUAAACUUUUUAAAGAUUAUAGAUACACUACUAGACAUAUCACCUUAAAAUUGUAUACAGUUGAACUUCAUACAAAUGAAAAUGUAUAAUCUCAUAAAAUUCAUAAACUAUGUAGCAGAAGUAUCUUUACAAUCCAUGAAUAAUAAAAGUUGUAUCGUUCUUUUUUGAGAUGUGUUUAUUGCAUUUACAUGUAAUGAUUCUCUGCUUUAGAAAAUGAAAUAUCAACAGGUCUUUUUUUACUGCGGGCUUCAGAAGGUUUUUUUCUAGCAGCAUCUAAAUCUUCAACAUGAGAGAAACCAUAUUCAUUACAAAAAG